AUGAUAUCUCAUCUAUCAAAUAAUAAUAAUAAUAAUAAUACUUAUUCAAAUAAUUGUCAAUUUUGGGAUUAUGAUGAUAUUACAAAUUGUACAAGAUUAAAAUUAGAUUUUUAUACACCAAUUAUAUUAAUAUCAAUAUCAUUUAUAAUAUUAUUUAUAAAAACUAUUAUAUCAUAUUCUAGGAAGAGCAAAAUUAAAAUUGAAUUAAAAGAAAAUGAAAAUGAAAAUCGUCCAUUAUUAGCAAGUAAUGGUAACUAUGGAUCAAUUACAGACAAAUUAACAAAAGAUGAUUUAAAAGCUUUACAUUUUGAUUUAUCAAAAUUACCAGACACGAAUAUAGAUGGUACACCUCAUGGAUAUGUUCAAGAAGUUUAUAAAAAUAUAAGUGAAAGAUUUAGAGUAGCUUUUGAAUAUAUUUUGGUCAUAUUAGCAUUGGCAUUACAUUUAUCACCAUUUUUUAUAAAACCACUUCACAAAGAAUUCAAACAUACUUAUAUACCGGUUGUUCAAACUGUAUUUUGGUCUUACUUGUUUAUAAUUGUUUCAUUCAGAGUCAUAAAUAUGAAUAAAGUAUUUAUAAAAUUACCAAAUUUAUGGAUUCAUACCACUACAUUAUAUUUUUUCAAUUUUUUUCCAAGUUUAUUAACUUUCAGAUCAGCCAUUAUAUCAACUCAGAUGAAUAAAACUGUUAGUAAGUAUUAUAUUUGGGAAUUUAUUUUUAACGCCAUGUUAUUAUUUUUAAAUUUUACUGCUAAAAUUGGUGACAAACCUUCAGAAUUAUAUGUCACCCCAGGGAUUGAACCAAAUCCAGAAAACAUUUCAAGUCUUGCAUCUUUUGUUUCUUAUAGUUGGUUAGAUAAAAUGGUUUGGAAAUCUUAUAAACAACCACUUAGUAAAAAUGAUAUUUGGGGUUUAAGAGAAGAUGAUUAUGCAUUGUAUGUUUUAAAAGCUUUUGAAGCAUCAAAAUCAACUUUAUCUUUUACUUAUAAGAUUUUUUGGCAUUUUAAAUUCUUAUUUGCAAUUCAAGCAUUUUGGGCAAUUUUAGAAUCAAUGCUUAUAUUUGGACCAUCAAUUUUAUUGAAAAAAGUUUUGGAAUAUGUAGCUGAUCCAGCUUCAACGUCCACAAAUUUAGCAUGGACUUUUGUAUUCAUGAUGCCAGUAAUGAAAAUGUUAGACUCAAUUGCUUCAGGGUGCUCAUUAUUUUUAGGAAGAAGAGUUUGUUGUAGAAUGAAAGCAGUUAUUAUAGGUGAAGUUUACGCAAAGGCUUUAAGAAGAAAAAUUACAGUCACUGAAACAAAACCAGAUGAAUCAUUGGAUGAUAAAGAUGAGGAUGAUGAAUCAUCUGAAGAACCGGAAGAAAAUAAGAAAACCGCUGAAUUAGGUGCAAUUAUUAACCUUAUGGCUAUUGAUGCAUUCAAAGUUUCUGAAAUUUGUGGUUAUUUACAUUAUUUUGUUGGUGCUAUUUUAAUGAUUGGUAUUUGUACUGUCUUACUUUACAAUUUAUUAGGAUGGAGUGCAUUAGUUGGUUCAUUAACUAUUGUUGUAUUGUUGCCAAUUAAUUAUAAUAUGGCUCAAUGGAUGGGUAGAUUACAAAAGAAAAUGUUGGGAGUCACAGACAAGAGAAUUCAAAAAUUGAAUGAGACUUUCCAAAGUAUUAGAAUUAUUAAAUUUUUUGCAUGGGAAGAUAAAUUUUUUGAAAGUGCAAUGGAAAUUAGAGAAGAAGAAUUAAGUUAUUUGAAAUGGAGAUGUGGUGUUUGGUGUGCUGCUGCAUUUGUUUGGUUUAUUACUCCAACUUUAAUUACUUUACUUUCAUUUUAUUGUUAUACUGUCAUAGACGGUAAAACAUUAACUGCUCCAAUUGCAUUUACUGCUUUAUCAUUAUUCACAUUAUUGAGAUCACCAUUGGAUCAAUUAGCUGACAUGACUUCAUUUGUUAUUCAAUCAAAAGUUUCCUUAGACAGAGUCACCGACUUCUUGGAUGAAGCUGAAACUUCCAAAUAUGAUCAAUUAGCUCAAGAAAAAGGUCCAAAUUCACCAGAAAUUGGUUUUGAGAAUGCUAAUUUAUCUUGGAAUCAACUGUCCAAAACAGAUUUUAGAUUGAGAGAUAUUAACAUUACUUUCAAACCAGGUAAAUUGAAUGUUAUUAUUGGGCCAACUGGUUCUGGUAAAACUUCUUUGUUAAUGGGUCUUUUAGGUGAAAUGGAUUUAUUAAAUGGUAAAGUUUUCUUGCCAGGUAUUAUUCCAAGAGAUGAUUUAAUUCCUGAUAAAGAUGGUUUGACUGAAUCUGUUGCAUAUUGUUCUCAAUCUGCCUGGUUAUUAAAUGAUACUAUAAGAGGUAACAUUAUAUUUGGUGCUCCCUUCAACCAAGAUCGUUAUGACAAAGUAAUUGAUGCUUGUGGAUUGACCAGAGAUUUGCAAAUUUUAGGUGCAGGUGAUCAAACUGAAGUUGGUGAAAAAGGUAUAACAUUAUCAGGUGGUCAAAAACAAAGAGUUUCAUUAGCAAGAGCAUUAUAUUCAAAUGCAAGACACUUGUUGUUAGAUGAUUGUUUAUCGGCUGUUGAUUCUCAUACUGCUUUAUGGAUUUAUGAAAAUUGUAUCACUGGGCCAUUAAUGGAAGGUAGAACAUGUAUUUUGGUAUCUCAUAAUGUUGCAUUAACUGCUCAACAUGCUGAAUGGAUUGUUGUAAUGGAUAAUGGUAGAGUUAAAAAUCAAGGAACUACUGAAGAAUUAUUAGCCUCGGGAGAUUUAGGUGAUGAUGAAUUAGUUAAAUCAUCAGUCAUGAAUUCAAGAAAUCAAUCAAGUUCUAAUUUACAAUCUUUGGGAGAUAGAAAUGCAGAAAUGAAAUCAAAAUUAGCUGUUAUUGAACAAAAAUUACAAACUUUGAAAACUAAUGACAAAACCGAAGACGAUGAACCAUUAAUUAAAACUGAUGGUAAAUUAGUUGAAGAAGAAAAUAAAGCUGAAGGUGUUGUUGGUUCAAAGGUUUAUAUUGAAUAUGCAAAAGUAUUUGGUGGUUGGAGAGUUUGGACUUUAAUUCUUUUUGCAUUUGUUAUUUCACAAGGUGUUUAUAUGUUCCAAUCAUGGUGGUUAAGAACUUGGUCAUUACAUAGUGAACAUGUUGAAUCAUUGUUUGUCAAAUAUGUUGGACACGGUGCUGUUAUGGAUAGUUCUCAUUAUAAUCAAUUACCAAUAGUUAGAAAUUUAAUGGGAGCGGUUAAAUUAUUUGGUUUUGGUUAUGCUAAAGUAAAUCAAUCGGCUGAAGAACACUCAACAUUAUAUUAUAUAUCGAUCUAUGGUAUUAUUGGGUUUGUAUAUGCCUUCACUGCUUGUUUCAGAGUUUAUAUUACAUUUUUCACUGGUAUUCAAGCAUCAAAUAGAAUUUUCAAAAAUGUUUUAACAACAAUAUUAAGAGCAAAAUUAAGAUUUUUUGAUAAAACUCCUUUGGGUCGUAUAAUGAAUAGAUUUUCAAAAGAUAUUGAAUCAGUUGAUCAAGAAGUUACUCCAUUUGCUGAAGGUGCAUUUAUUUGUGUCGUUCAAUGUGUUUCAACAUUGAUUAUGAUUGUAUUUAUCACUCCUGGAUUUUUAAUUUUUGCAGUUAUUAUCUCAUUCUUGUAUUAUUUAGUUGGCUAUUUCUAUUUAACAUUAUCAAGAGAAUUAAAAAGAUAUGAGUCAAUUACUAAAUCACCAAUUCAUCAACAUUUUUCAGAAUCAUUAAAUGGUGUUGCCACUAUUAGAGCUUAUGGUAUUGAAUCAAGAUUUAUGAAACAAAAUUUACAAGCUAUUGAUAACAACAAUAGACCUUUCUUUUACUUAUGGGUAGCUAACAGAUGGCUUUCAUUUAGAAUCGACGCUGUUGGAUCAUUAGUUAUGUUAUUUGCGGGUAUAUUUGUCUUGUUAUCUGUUGGUAAGAUUGAUGCAGGUUUAGCAGGUUUAUCAUUAUCUUAUGCUAUUGCAUUCAGUGAAUCUGCAUUAUGGAUUGUUAGGCUUUAUGCAAAUGUUGAAAUGAAUAUGAAUUCAGUUGAAAGAUUACAAGAAUAUCUUGAAGUUGAACAAGAACCACCAUAUGAAAUUAAAGAAACUCAACCACCAUCAAAUUGGCCAGAUAAAGGAGCAAUCGAAGUUAAUGAUGUUUCUUUGAGAUACUCACCUGAAUUACCAAGAGUUAUUAAGAAUGUAACUUUCAAUAUUGAACCAUGUAAUAAAGUUGGUAUUGUUGGUAGAACAGGUGCUGGUAAAUCAACUAUUAUAACUGCAUUUUUCAGAUUCUUGGAUCCAGAAAGUGGGUCUAUAAAAAUUGAUGGAAUUGACAUUACAACAAUAGGAUUGAAAAAUUUAAGGCAAGCAAUUACUAUUAUCCCACAAGAUCCAACAUUAUUUGCAGGUACUAUCAGAACAAACUUAGAUCCAUUCGAACAAUACCAAGAUCAACAAAUUUUCGAAGCAUUAAGAAGAGUAAACCUUAUUAGAUCAAAUGAAAAUAUAACUACAGCAGAUGAUGAAAAUCAAAAUAAAUUCCUUAAUUUAGAAAAUUCAAUAACAGAAGGUGGUGGAAACUUAUCACAAGGAGAAAGGCAAUUAGUUUGUUUAGCAAGAUCAUUAUUGAAAAACCCAAAAGUUAUGUUAUUAGAUGAAGCAACUAGUUCCAUAGACACAGCAACUGAUUCAUUCAUUCAACAAACCAUUAGAAAUGAAUUUGAUGGAAGUACCAUAUUAACAAUAGCUCAUAGAUUAAGAACAAUUAUAGAUUAUGAUAAAAUUUUAGUUAUGGACGCUGGAAAAGUUGUUGAAUAUGAAAAUCCUUAUGUGUUGAUAAGUGAUAAAAAUUCAUUAUUUUAUAGUAUGUGUGAAAAUAGUGGUGAAUUAGAUAGUUUAAUUAAAUUAGCUAAGGAAUCAUUUGUUAAAAAGAAAAAUUUACAAAAUGGUAAAAAAUGA